UCAUGUGGCUGAGUGUUUCCAUUGUGAAGCCAUGAUUUUCAAAAAAAAAAAAGGGAAAAGAAAAGAAGAAAUAAAGAGGAAACGUAGCAUACAAAGAAAGAACAUGCAGCAGCCUUUAACAUGCAUGCAUAGCCAUUCAUUCACAAUUCACAUUCCAAAACCAAACUAAGAGAAACCAAAAAAGAAGAAGCAAAGUAUUGUAUUGUUCUCUUUUCUUCCUUGUUUCUUCUCUCCUCCACCGUCCACCACCACCGUGGAUGGCGCGGCGGGCGCAACGCAAGAACUGCUGCGCGUGCUGCGUGAGCUUCCUCAUAAGCACGGGCAUCACAUGCCUCUUCCUGUGGCUCACACUCCGCACCCAACACCCUAAAUGCUACCUCCAAUCCCUCCACAUUCCCUCCCUCAACACCACCACAACCAACCGCCAUAACGGCCACCACAACCACCCCAACAACACCGUGUUCUUCCACCUCAAACUCACCAACCCCAACAUCUACACCGGCGUCCGAUACAACGCCGUUCGCCUCGCGUUUUCCGUUUUCACGGACACAAACACCACGUUGCCCUUCGUCGACGCCACCGUCGACGGAUUCUACCAGGGCCACGGCAAGACCGCCGACAAGGACGGUUCCGCCGUGGCACGCAGCGGCGGGGUGAACCACACGGUGGCGUUGGCGGAGAACGGAAUGGUGUUUGUUAGGGUGGAGUUUGCGACGGAGGUGAAGUAUGAGAUUCUGUCGUUGUUCUCCACGAAACGGCACCGUUUGUUUGGAGGGGCUAACGUGGAGGUGAACGCUAGCUCCGGUGAGAAGGUGGGACCCAAGGGGAUUAGGCUCGGCAAAGUUCCGCCGCGGUUCGGGUCCGAAGCUGCUCAGGUUCGGGGAUUCCGUGCUUCUGUUCUCGGAUUGUUCCUCGCUCUCUUUUUUCUCACUGGAUUUACUUAGAGUUGACAGUGUGUUUAUUUUUAAUUUUUUUGCUUUAAAUUGUUUUUUAUCCUAAAAAAAAGAGAGAAUAAUUAUUUUCAUAAUAAAAAUUGCGGAGAUAAAUAGGCAAGACAAGAGGGUAAAAUAAAAUAAUGUGAAAGCAACGAUUUUUUAUUUCUUUUAUACUUUUUUUAAACAUUCUUUUAUACUUGAUUUGGUGUGUAUUUUUUUAAGAGGAAGACUGAUUUGGUGUGUUUGUUAAUUGCUUCAUUGUAUUUUUAAGGAUUCCAAAUUCUAAUGUGAUGUAGACUGUCCGGUUUAAGAGAAAUGUUGCAAUGAAAGAAAAAGACAUUGUAAAAUUUGCAAAAUUUAAG